CUUCCCCAGCAACAGCGUUAGACGCGAAAUUUCCAUCCCAUCGCUUCACACUGUCCUGGUCCUUUACUCCGCUCUCUCUCUCUCUCUCUCUCGCUCUACAAAAGCAAGUGAAAGACCAGGACUUUGUCUGCUCCUUGGGCUGAGACUUGAGAAAAUUCAGGUGAAUCCGACUGAUUUUUGCGCGAAUUGGGAUUUCUUUGGUGGGAAUUUGUCGAAAGGGAUGGUAAAGUCGUCCGAUAAUGGUUUUGGUUCUGUGGCGCCUUUCCUGAAAAAAUGUUAUGAGAUGGUGGACGAUGAGUCGACCGACUCGCUUAUAUCCUGGAGCAAAAGCAAUGACAGUUUUAUUAUCUGGGACAUGACUGAGUUCUCCGUGUGUUUGCUUCCUAAGUAUUUCAAGCACAACAAUUUCUCCAGUUUCAUUAGGCAACUUAAUAUUUAUGGUUUCAGGAAAACUGAUACAGAUCGCUGGGAAUUUGCCAAUGAUGACUUUAUCAGAGGUCAAAAGCAUUUCCUGAAGAAUAUAUUGAGAAGAAAACAUCCACAUGUUGCAGAUCAGCGAAAGCCAUCACAGCAGCAAGAGAAUCGUGAUGUGCCUUCUCAAGAAGUUACAAACCAUGACCUAUGGAAAGAAGUCGAGAAUUUGAAAACUGAUAAAAAUGCACUCACACAGGAGCUGGUUAAACUUGGGCAGCACCAGGAAUUAUCUAAGAACAAAUUGCUCCUCCUGACCAAUCGGCUUCAAGGAAUGGAGAAGAAUCAGCAACAGAUGUUAUCGUUCUUAGUCAUGGCCAUGCAAAUCCCUGGGUUCAUGGUUCAGCUGCUUCAGCCCAAGGAAAAAGGUUGGCGUAAGACUGAGACAAGCAAUAUGUUGGAGCACAGUGUAGAAGAUGUCGCAUCUGAUGGGAUGAUAAUGAAGUAUCAGCCACCCUUGAGUGAAACAUUGAAGCCUGUAGUUACAUCAUCUCGUGUUUCAGAUGAGCAACCAGAACCCAAUCUCUGUACAGAUGGGUUGAAAGAUUAUUUUAUCAAUUCUGACUUCUUAAAAGUACUCAUGGAUGAAAAAUUGUGUCAAAUAGAUAAUUCUCCAUUUAUUCUACCAGAUUCACCCGAUGAUAAUGCCUGGGAACAGCUUCUUUUAGGCAGUCCCUUCACUGAAAAUGAAGAUUCAAAUCAGGAAAGUGACAGGCCUACCAACAGUGGAAUGGAGAUCGAGCCUGCUAUAUGCGAAACACUGUUUGAUAAAUUCCAAAAUUGUGUUGGGUUGAUUCCAGAAGUGGACAAAACUCGGAGGAGUGGAUUGGAAGGAUCUGCUAAUGGUGUUCAUUUGGAACAGCAGCAGAGUUUGGAAUCUCUAACUGAGGAAAUAGAACUUUUGGCUUCUGAGCCAAAUGAGAAGUAGGGGAAUAAAUAUAUAGCGCCAGACAACUUUUGGUUAUCUACAUUAGUAUUGUACUUGGAUAUAAUCUAAGAAUUCCCACUUCCAUCUUCCUUCCAUUGGUUUGAUCUUCAUUUAAAACCAGUAUUUUGGCGUUCUGAUAAUGUGGACAAGUACAGGGGGAAUUACUCGGUAAUGUUGUGACCAGAAAUGUUAUAUUUUGAAUAUUACGGCAGUUAAAUUUGCCGGUUGACUAGAGAAAAUAUUAUGCAAAGAGCUGUAUUUAUUGUGCCACUCUAAGCAGCGGCCUAUGGCUUCACAAAUAUUUUAUUACUUUUAUGUCUUUCUGCAUAUGAAUCUCUAUGAUACAAUUUUCUGUUUUGGUA